CCGGACUCGGCGCAUCCAGGUACACUGGGCGGAUGGAGAACCUAGAAACUGGAGGGGAAGAGGUCGAAGCGCCGGGUCCAGCGUUGCAGCUGGGCGCUAGAUCUCCGUGUCCACGGAAGGAUGGGCUGCUAGGAGGCCAGCCAUGUGGGCACCCAGGGUCCGUCACCUCUGUCUGACCUUCCUGCUAGCCUGUGUUUUUGCCUCAGUCUUCUUCCUCCACAUCCACCGAGACCUCUUUCACAAUGGCUUAGGCCUGUCUGCCCUAUGUCCCGACCGUAACCCAGUGACAUCCCCUGUGGCCAUCAUCUGCCUGUCGGACACACCCAUAAACCCCAAGACCUCUUUUUCCUGUCCCAAGCAUCCUGCUUCCCUCUCAGGAACCUGGACUAUCUACCCAAAUGGCCGGCUUGGGAACCAGAUGGGGCAGUACGCCACGCUGCUGGCCCUGGCCCAGCUCAACGGCCGCCAGGCCUUCAUCCAGCCUGCCAUGCACGCCACCCUGGCCCCCGUGUUCCGCAUCACCCUGCCCGUGCUGGCGCCUGAGGUGAACGGCUGCACUCCUUGGCGGGAGCUGGAGCUUCACGACUGGAUGUCGGAGGAGUACGCCCAAUUGAAGGAGCCCUGGCUGAGGCUCACCGGUUUCCCCUGCUCCUGGACUUUCUUCCAUCAUCUCCGGGAACAGAUCCGCAGCGAGUUCACACUGCACGACCACCUUCGGCGAGAGGCCCAGAGUUUACUGAGUCAGUUCCGGCUCAGCCGCACGGGGGACCGCCCGAGCACCUUCGUGGGUGUCCACGUGCGCCGUGGGGACUACCUGGAGGUGAUGCCCUAUCAAUGGAAGGGUGUAGUGGGUGAUCGCGCUUACCUCCAGCAGGCUAUGGACUGGUUCCGGGCCCGGCAUGAAGCCCCGAUCUUUGUGGUCACCAGCAACGGCAUGGAGUGGUGCCGGGAAAACAUCGACACCUCCCGGGGGGAUGUGAUCUUCGCUGGCGAUGGGCAAGAGCGUACCCCUGGCAAGGACUUCGCGCUGCUGACACAGUGCAACCACACCAUCAUGACCAUUGGCACCUUCGGCUUCUGGGCCGCCUACCUGGCUGGUGGAAACACCGUCUACCUGGCCAACUUUACCCUGCCUAACUCCAACUUCCUAAAUAUCUUUAAACCCGAGGCCGCCUUCCUGCCUGAGUGGGUGGGCAUUAAUGCAGACUUGACUCCGCUCCAGAUGUUGGCUGAGCAUUGAGCAGCAAGGAGACUUUCUGAAAUAGUCUGAUCAACCUAGGGCCAGUGUUAUGUAUCUCUGGAAGCCCAGCAGCUUCUGGAGAAGCUGGUGGUCCUGCAGCUGGUGGACACCCAUUUCUAGAGUGAUUCUAGUUGGCUAGACUUGGAGAAAAAGGGGGGGGGCUGGCUUUCUGCAACUGCCAGAACAUUCUAGAAUCAAUGGAAGAUCUCAUGAUGGCUGGCAAUGUCUGCAGAAGCUCAUGACAGUUCUAGAAUGCACAGUGCCCACCUGUUCUUCCCAGCCCAUAUCCAGAGUACUUCUAGAUCACUGCCCCACCAGGAACAGGGAACUCCCUGUUCCAGCAUUGACCAUCCUGGUCUUUUUGAGAAGAGAGAUUUCUCUUCCCUGGGUCAUCAGGACAGAAGGAACUCAUGGGUGUGCUACAGCAAGCACUCACCAACUCCCCUUCUGUGUUUCUGGAAUGAUUCUAGAGGAGGGAUUUUUUUCUGGAGAGGAUCAGCUCUAAUGCCUGUAAAGAACCCUGUGGGGACCUUCCAGAGGGGUUGGGAUUCUGGAAUUCCAGAUUACCUCUGCAAAGAAACUAACAAAGGUAAAACCAGCAGCCCAACACCUCACCACUGCUAGAAAGGUUGAUGGAUGACAAACUCUCUGUAGCUGGGGCAGUUUGUGUGAAAAGUGGAACUUUACCCAACAUUUCAGCCCCUGAAAAACCACAAAUAUGGUAAAACAUGGGAGGGGUGGGGGAAGGGAUGCUGCUGAAUGCUGCAGCUUAUGGAGCAAGGCUCUGCAGAGAUCUAGGGACACCUUUUUUUUUUUAAGCUCAAAACUACCAAAGGUAGACAUGCAAAUCUUGGCUCCAAGUUCAUGUUGCUUUACCCAAUUAAGGAAGUUUCCUCCUCUUCAGCUGGGCUGCUGGGGAGUGAUGGUGUAACAGGGAAGAACAAAAUCUGAUUCCAUGUUGGAUCUGUUUCUUUUAUGUUAACUUUUGCUUUCCCUUGUUUUUGUUACUAUAAUCACUAAAAGGAUGCUAUCUAUAGCUAUAAGCAUACAUAAUGGUCUGCAUGGGGAACCCUGCCCCUCUGCCUGAAUGUUAAACCAAAGUGCCUUUGUUCAGCUCACAGGGAAACAUCCUGCCCGCCCACCCAUGAAGGACUGCAAGAAAGAAGAAAUUAACACACCCCCUCCCCGAUGCUGGCCAAGCCAGGAGAUGUUUUGCAAGACUUAUGGCCUUUUUACUUUACUUCCUCACCUCCUCCCCCUCUCUGUUCUAUAAAAGAAACUAGCAUCCAGGCCCCAUAAGAUGGUACUCUAGGACACUAGUCUGCCCUCUUCUCUAACACCUGGCUUUCUGAAUAAAGUCACUGUUCCUUGCCUCAACA